GUACAUUACGCGGCCUUGAAAUACCACAAAUUCAGCUCGGCGUGUCGAAAGUAUACCAGUACUUGCGACCCGGCUCUCCCCAACUGCUCGACGGGGCCCACGCCGCGUCUGCGACACGCAGCCUUCAUUAGCUCGAUAGUAAUCUUCGUAAUAGCGCUCCGCUACAAACGGGCUCUGGACUGGCGAGGCCGCCCGCGACGAGCUCCGCGCCUUCCCAGCUACCCGCCUGGGCCCCACCACUUCCGCCACCGACCGCCGGCAAGCCCGAGGGCCAUUAGCACUGCACCCGCAGUCAGUGUGGCAUGUGUGUGGCUAAGGUUGGCUAGCAGGUUACAUAAGGCAUAGGGAAGCGCUAGGGGGCGGCCGGGAGCUGCAGCCUACCCUCAGCAGCACGCCCCGGCACACAGCCCUGCGUUGCCUUGCAACCAACUAGCCAGCCCAACCCUCCUCGUGCCCAACUGUCCACCCCACCUCAAUAGCCCAGCUUCUAAAUAGAGUUCAUAUACAGAUACACAUAAAGGCAUUUAAGCAGCGCCGGCGUCAUGAUCACCGACCCGCCGCGGCCGCCACCGCCAGCCUACGUCAGCGCGCUACAGCCGCCCACCGCCGCCUCCCUCGCCGGCAGCAGCAGCGGGGGCGGCGCCUCCGCCAGUGGCAGCGUCUACGCCGCCAGCACCAUCAUCACAGGUGGUGACGGUGAGGGAGAGGUUGACGGGGCUCGGCAGUGGCCGCCACCGUUGGAGCCUCUACUGCCUGUGCGGGCAGGCUGCUCGUUGGAUGGGGAGGGGCAGGCCAGCAGACACGACACGGCAACGCAGGAGGGGGCGGCGGCCGAGGCGCAAACAGCGGCAGGGGCGCUGCUGCCGGAGCCGAAGUGCCUGCAGGAUGUGUGCGCCCGGGUCAUCCUGCGCAACAUCUCGGUCCACAACUGCUGUGAGCUCCUGGCGUUGGCGCGGGGGGUGGAGGGCGCCGCGUUCGCACCCAUAGCCGCCGCCUGCCUGCGCUACGCCGUCAACAGCUUUGAGACGCUGGUGGGGCUGCGUGAUGCGGCCACACUGCGGGCCUGCCUGGGGCCGGACGUGCACGACAGCCUAGCGGCCGCGCUGGAGGAGCGGCGGUCCUGCCUGGCCUCCAUAAAGGCGGGGCUGGGCCGAGUGCGGGAGCGCCAGGCCCCGCCGGCGGAGGCCGCAGCGCCGCGGCAGGAGACGUCCGUGGCGGGCCGGCCGGUGUGCUACCCGCUGGCAGCCCUGGCGCCCGGGCUGACGUGGCCGCCCGACGUGGACGGCGGCUGCAGGGAGCAGUGGCUCGGCGCGGACGACUGGGCGGCGGCGUUCGGCCCGAUCGCAGGUGCUUGUGGCGGCGGCGGCGGCGGCAGUGGCGGUGUGCUGUCGUACCAGGAGUUUGUGGCGCUGCCGGCCUGGAGGCGGAACAAGCUCAAGCAGGCGGCUGGGCUGUUCUGACGGAGGCGGCGGCCGCGCUUGUCAUUCUGCAUACCUAGCUUACUUGCAGCGGAAAACAGGGCGAUCCGCAUUGGACCUCAUAACUGCUUCAAGGGACACAGGAGUGGUUUCUGGGGAGCUGGAUGCGGCUGGUAGUAUGUCUGUGCGUCUGUUGGGUAGUCCAGAUGCUUCCAGAUCGGGGCGCCCAGCUGCUGUGUGCGGCGACGAUGCGUCGUUGAUGCACGUAUGGUUGCAACUUGCAAGGUGGGACGAACGAUGUAGCAUGCAGUCCUGUCCGUGUCAAGUAGGCUGUAUGUGCAAAACGAUGCCGCGUCCAACUGCGAAGCACUGGGGGAAGGGGGGGGGCGGGGAACAGAUUUGUUCCGGGUCCGAGGGGGGUGGUUCUGGCCGGUGGGGCUCUCUGAUGUGACCAUCGGCGGGAAGGGCGCUCAG